CCCUAGAACCACAGAAACAGCGCCGUCGUGGACCCGGAGUGUAAGCGAGCGCCGAGCCGAGGCAACCAAAACAAACAUGGCCUCAGCAUUGGAGCAUUUCGUGAAUAAUGUCACUUCUCUCUCCUCCCAAGGGAACUAUGGUGAAGUGGUGAAGUACGUCAGUAAGAGCACAGAUGUCCUAGCGAAGAAUGUGGCCCACUUAGACACAGUUCUGGCCACUCUACAGCCACAGAGCCACUCCCUGGGUGCUGUGGCUGUGCUGUGUGUGCGCCUCCAGAACACACUGCACACUGAUGCCAACAUAGACACACUCCAUGCCACUGUGGCCGAGUUUAUCAGUGUGUGCAGUGAUGAGCAGAUCAAGUAUGCGCCGGAUAUGAUGGCGGACAUGUGUGGCAGUUACGCAGACCUCCUGGUGGCUGGGAACUGUGCAAUGAGAGGCAUAGAGGUGCUAAGUACAGCCAUUUACAAGACACAAGAGUCACCCCUUCACCUCACCUCCAUCCACGCCCACCUCCUCCACCUGUGUCUGGAGUCCAAGUGUUUCAAGCCAGCUCUCAAGUUCAUGGAUGUGGAUGUUAUGGAUAUUAGCAAAGAGAGAGGUAACUACGAUGUGAAGCACUUUUUACUGUACUACUACUACGGCGGCAUGAUCUACACGGCCAUCAAGAACUACGAGAGAGCGCAGUACUUCUUCCGAGUGUGCAUCACCACCCCAGCGCUGGCCGUCUCCCACAUCAUGCUGGAGGCCUUCAAGAAAUACAUACUGGUCUCUCUUAUUCUGGAGGGCAAGAUUGGGAAAAUACCGAAGUAUGCAUCGUUGGUGGUGACGCGUUUCAUCAAGCCACUGAGCCAGGCGUACUGGGACCUGGGCACUGCUUUCACCACCAACUGCCCUGACAAAGUGUGUGCCGUCAUCUCAAAGAACCAGGAGACUUUUACCGGUGACCAAAACAUGGGUCUAGUGAAGCAGUGUCUGAGUGCAUUAUACAAGAAGAACAUCCAGCGCCUCACUCGCACCUUCCUCACACUCUCCCUGGCUGACGUGGCUAACAGGGUGCAGCUCUCCACACCGCAGGAGGCUCAGAAGUACAUCCUACACAUGAUCGAGGACGGAGAGAUCCACGCCAGCAUUAACCAGAGGGACGGCAUGGUGGUGUUCCUUGACAACCCUGAGAAAUACAACUCACCCACGAUGAUGGCUAAGCUCGAUAAGGAGAUGCAGUUGUGUAUGGAGGUGGAGCGGAGACUGCAGGCGAUGGAGGAGGAGAUAGUGGUGAACCCGCAGUAUGUCCAGAAGGUUGUGGGUCCCCAGGAUGACGAGGGCCCUUCACAGUCCUCCACCCAGCCAGGAUCCUUCCCCAAUAUGUCCUCCAUGUGAUGUCCCGGCAGGCUAUAGGAUGGUAGGAUGGCAGGAGGGGGGUGUAGGAUUGUGUGGUGGUGGUGGUGGUAGUGGUGGUUGUGGUGGUGGGUGUUUGUGUCUCUGUUUUUGUUUCUCUCUCUCUCUCUCUCUCUCUCUCUCUCUCUCUCUCUCUCUCUCUCUCUCU